UUCAACAUGAACCAUGAGCUCUCAUCUGAACCUCCCUAAAACUUACAUUACAGUCUGCAAUGUUUACAUAUGACGCAAAAGAAUAAAAAAGAGAGAGCCGGUCUCACAGAGAGAAACACCAUGGCGAUGGAUGGCGAUUGUGGCUAUGCUUAAUUCUUAUGACGGAUACAAAACCAUGAUCGAGAGCAUCACGGUGUGAUUUACACUUUGAGGGAUAUAUAUAAUCACCAACAACGACGAUGUCGGUUUUACCCGUUGUUUUGUUUUGUCACUUGCUUUUUUUAACAAAAAUAUACCUCUGUAUGGAAACUGAUUUUUGUGAACCUGUUCGACUUGACCGAGAAAAUAUCCCAAGACCUGACAAACUGAACCGAGAACUUGUUGUUUACAGAAUAAACGCUUUUAAUCAGGAAUUUUAUCUCAAUCUUCUGCCUGACUCCAGUUUUCUGGCUCCUGACGGCACAUUUCAAUAUGACACCCCUUCGACCUCAAGUGCUUUUUCAGGACCUGAUCUUAGAAAAUGCUUUUACUCCGGUGAUAUUAACGCAGACAGGAGUUCAUACGCAGCUGUCAGUCUCUGUGAAGGUGUCCGAGGUGCGUUUUCUUAUAACGGGAUGGAGUACCUCAUAGAACGAAGGUCGACCAACACAGAUGAUGCUGAGAAAACGCACAUCAUCCGCAGGAGAAGACAUCUUCACGCUCGGAACUCAACAUCUCGGUGCGGAGUUACAUCUGGCUUAAACCCGGGCGCUGUGGAGUCCUUAGAAAAGUACAAGCACGUGAAGGGACAUACGAGGAACUUCACAGAAACUUUGAGCAGAUCGAAAAGAUUCGCCUCUAUACCGAGAUACGUAGAGGUCCUGGUUGCUGCUGAUGAGUCUAUGGCGAAAUUCCACGGUGACGACCUGAAGCAUUACAUUUUGACUCUCAUGUCUGUCACUGCAAAGCUGUACAAACACCCCAGUAUCUUGAACGCCAUCAGUAUAGUGGUUGUAAAGCUUGUGGUGAUUAAUGAGGCAGAAAAGGGACCCAAAGUAUCCAGUAACGCGGCACUAACCCUGCGCAAUUUCUGCACCUGGCAGAAGAAGCUGAAUAAAAACAACGACAAACACCCAGAGUAUUGGGACACGGCUAUUUUGUUUACAAAGCAGGACCUUUGUGGGGCCACUACGUGUGACACUCUGGGAAUGGCUGAUGUAGGCACCAUGUGUGAUCCUAAGAGGAGCUGCUCGGUUAUUGAAGAUGAUGGUCUCCCCUCGGCCUUCACCACUGCACAUGAACUAGGCCAUGUCUUCAGUAUGCCACAUGACAAUGUGAAGGCUUGUGAGGAGGCAUUUGGAAAGUUGAAGGACAACCAUAUGAUGUCUCCCACACUGAUCCAGAUCGACCACAACAUGCCAUGGUCUGUCUGCAGUGCUGCCAUCAUCACGGACUUCCUGGACGCUGGCCAUGGUGACUGUUUGCUGGAUCAGCCCCAAAAGCUCCUGGCUCUUCCAGAGGACCCUCCGGGUGUCAGCUACUCGCUAAGCCGUCAGUGCGAGCUGGCCUUCGGCUCAGGAUCUAAGCCUUGCCCGUAUAUGCAGGCCUGCUCCAAACUGUGGUGCACUGGGAAAGCUAAAGGACAGCUGGUGUGCCAGACUCGCCACUUUCCCUGGGCUGAUGGGACGACCUGUGGAAGUAACAAGCUGUGCUACCGGGGGAUUUGUACUGACAAGCAAAAUACUACCAAAGACAAGGUAGAUGGCCGUUGGGGUCGUUGGGGUCAGUAUGGUCCGUGUUCCCGUAUGUGUGGGGGAGGGGUGCAGCUCGCCAAAAGGGACUGUAACAACCCCGUCCCUGAAAACGGGGGCAAGUACUGCCAAGGACUGAGAGUGAAGUAUCGCUCCUGCAACACAGAGCCUUGCAAAGAUUCAGGAAAGAGCUUUCGUGAGGAGCAGUGUGAGACAUUCAAUGGUUUGAGUCUGAACACUAACAGACUGAGUCCGUCUGUGGUCUGGGUCCCGAAAUACUCUGGAAUCUCCGUUAAGGACAGAUGCAAGCUCAUCUGCCGAGCCAAUGGCACCGGUUACUUCUAUGUCCUAGCGCAGAAGGUGGUGGACGGAACCACUUGUUCCCCUGACACCUCAGCGGUCUGUGUUCAAGGAAAGUGCAUCAAGGCUGGCUGUGAUGGCAAACUGAGCUCCAACAUGAAGUUUGACAAGUGUGGUGUGUGUGGUGGUGACAACCAAAACUGCAAGAAAGUCUCUGGAAUGUUCACAAAACCCAUGAGUGGAUAUAACUUUGUGGUGACUCUACCGGUUGGAGCUGCAAACGUGGACGUAAGGCAGCGUGGUUACCGCGGUUUGAUUAACGACGACAACUAUUUAGCAGUGAAGAAUGUCCAAGGUAAAUACCUCCUGAAUGGAAACUUCGUGGUUUCAGCGGUAGAAAAAGACAUUAUCGUAAAGGGAGGUUUGCUGCGCUACAGUGGAACGGGCACAUCGGUGGAGACGCUGCAGAUCACUAGACCUCUCAAAGAGUCUCUCACCGUGGAACUGUUGUCGGUGGGUAAAAUGACACCGCCUCGCGUGCGCUACUCCUACUACCUGACUGUGGGAAAUAAACAGGGCAAGAUCUUAAAGAAGGAGGAGAGGAACCCUGCGCAUAACAGCGUGCUGGAAGACAGCAAUAAAGUGGAACUGAAGAAGCCGGCCUAUCAGACGCCGUCUUAUAAGUGGGUAACGGCGGAUUGGAAUAAGUGCUCGGUUACCUGUGGGAACGGGGUCCAAAGUAGAUUGAUACAGUGUUUGGACUCGGAUGGGGAACCAGCCACACACUGUGAUGGCACCCAAAGGCCCAGUACUAUGAGGGUGUGUGGUGACCCUUGCCCAACGUGGAGCGUCGGCGAAUGGUCCCCAUGCUCUAAAACCUGCGGGAAAGGCUAUAAGAGACGCCCACUGCGAUGCAUCUCUCAGACUGGGCUGCUUUUACCUAGAGACCAUUGCUCAAGCAAAAGAAAGCCACAGGAACUGGACUUUUGCACCGUUCGGCCCUGCUAGAGACCCAUUGUGUGUGUUCUGGGACCCAUUUUAUGGAGAUAUAACGUGAAAAGCAGUGGUCUUUAAUACUUGUGCGUUGGGAAUGGGAAUGUCGUCAUCAAUGAGGAAUUUUACCAUGUCGCAUUUUAAGGUAUAGUUAGAUAUCACCUACCUCGAAAAGGACAGGGUGUUUUAAAGCAACCAAAUAAAACAGACCACGUAAAGUUGUUAUGGCAUUAACACUGUCACAAAAACAGACUUUUACAGCAUCUCCUCUGCAUGUGGUUUGUAGAUAAAGUGAAGAUAUCCGAUUUGUGGCAAAAGUGUUUUGAGUUUGUAUUCAGACUUUAUAUACAUGUGAAUAAUUUGAUCUAAAUGUGAAGCAUAUUGUAUGCAAAAAUAGGGCAUCUUGGUCCAUGCACUAUUGAUCAUUUGUAUUCGUAUAUUAAGAUGAGCUAGUCAGUAGAUUCAAGUGUUGCUAAUCAUUGAAGGUCCAACACGCAGAAUUUAGGGUUACAUAUAAAUAUAGAGAAGACAAAACAAUGGCGCCGAAAGUAGGCUUUUAGUUUGGGUUUAUUAAACAUAAUCAGUAUCUCACCCUGUCAUUUUGGGUUGUGGAGGACAGAUUCUGAAAACAUAUUUACAUUAAUAAAAUAAGUCAUGUUCAAGUUUUAUAUAAUGGUGCUGUACACAAAGGGAUAAAACAGAUAACAUACUACAAAUAAAUCAGUUAAUAUACUUUUAUGGCAAUCAACUUUAUCAGUUAUCGCUAUACUGCAAGUAUAACAUAAGAAAGUCUUAUGGGUCUUGCAAAAACUGAACUCUGCUAAAAGAUGCAGAUAUUUUACUAUGACUGUCCUAAAUCUAAAAAAGAAAUAUUAAAGAAAAAUACAAGUCUUAUUUUACCUGUAUUCAUACUACACAUGCAGCUGCUAUGGCCACUAUGAUUUUAGUAAAGUCACCAUGGAUGGAAAAUCUAGUGUUUUAUUGUAAAUUAAUUAGAUGUAUUCUCUGCUGGACUUAUGAAGAUGUUUUGUAAUUUGUGAAAACAAACCCUGUAAACCAGAUGUUGUUGCUGAAUUUCAUUUCAUUCAUUUAAAAGGUGCUCCCUUAUUACUUUUUUUAUUAUUAUUCCAUCAUUUGUUAAUACAGCAAAAGGCACUCAUGUUUUUGUAUUGAAAUUCAUUGUAUACUAUGUAUACAUCCAUCGACUGUGCACAAAUAAAUAUAGAAAUUACAUUAAAUGUU